GUAUCUCUCAGCCAUGAGUGCACUCGUGCCAUCAUGAAGCUGAUGUACUGCCCGCACUGCCGGGGCAUGUCCAGCGUGAAGCCGUGCAACAACUACUGCCUGAACGUCGUGAAGGGCUGCCUGGCCAACCAAGCGGACCUGAACACCGAGUGGAAGUACCUGAUGGAUUCCCUGGUCGUAGUGGCUGAUCGGAUCGAUGGACCAUACAACGUAGACACUGUAAUAGGGACUAUUCACAUGAGGAUCGCUGAAGCUAUUUCUAACUUGCAGGAAAACAAAGAUUCAAUCACAGCCAAGGUUUUCCAAGGCUGUGGAAAUCCCAAAAUCAGCACAAAAGGCUCCAGCACCGAGGACAAGAAGAGGCGGGGGAAGGUUGCAUUGGAAGCAAAAUCCUCUGCACAAGCAUUGGAGAUGCUGGUUUUAGAUGCCAAAGGGAAUCUGACAGCUCUCAAGACUUACUGGAUCACCCUGCCCGGCAGCCUGUGCAGCAAAAAAGUAAUGGCCAGCUCAGCAGCGGAUGACAAGUGUUGGAACGGGAUGACCAAGGGCAGUUACCUGCCUGAAGUGAUGGGGGACGGCUUAGCUAACCAGAUUAACAACCCAGAGGUGGAGGUGGACAUCACCAAGCCAGAUAUGACCAUUCGCCAGCAAAUCAUGCAGCUAAAGAUCAUGACAAACCGCCUGGGCAAUGCUAACAUCGGGAAUGAUGUGGAUUUCCAAGACGCAAGUGAUGACAUGAGCGGCUCCGGGAGUGGUGACAGCUGUCCUGACGACGUCUGUGGCAAAAGACUUUCUAAGAGCCCCAGCACCAGGCAGCCAGAAACACACGCUAUUCCUAAGCAGUCUGGACACGGCAUCAAUGGGGCCAGCAGCACAUCUUUGCCUUCUGCCUUCCUCCUCCUCCUUUCGGUGGCUUUCAUUGCCGCGCAGCACUUGUGGCGGUAACUCACUAGCACAGCCAGGAAAGAGACUGCAGCCGAGGGCUUCACUUUGCCAAAACCAACCAACCAACCAACCAACAAAAGGACAUAUUUAAUUCACCUUGGCAAAAAAAAAAAAAAAAGGGAGGAGAAAAA